GGAGGUGAGGUAGAGGUGGAGAAGCGACAGUAGGCGGCGGAGGAGGCGGUGGUGGAGGAGGCGCGCGGCCUGGAGGAGGAGGAUGGAGGAGCAACCGAAGGAGGGCGAGGCCGAGGUCGCCGAGCACUGGUUCUCGAAGUGGGAGCGCCAGUGCCUGGCCGAGGCCGAGCAGGACGAGCAGCUGCCCCCCGAGCUGCAGGAGGAGGCGGCCGCCGAGGCGGCGGGGCUCAAGAGCGAGCAGCAGAGGCUGUGGCACCUCUUCCAGAUCUCGGCCACCGCCGUGGCCCAGCUCUACAAGGAUUCCGGGUGCCAACAGCCAGGACUGUCUAUGUGGGACCCCUUCCAGAAUGCGGCCAUGGCCGUGACCAGCCUCUACAAAGAGAGUGGGGAUGCCCACCAACGAAGUUUUGACCUGGGUGUCCAGGUUGGCUACCAGCGUCGCAUCAAAGAUGUGCUGGAGUGGGUGAAGAAGGGCCGGAGCACCAUUCGCCGCGAAGACCUGAUUACCUUCCUAUGUGGCAAAGUGCCCCCUGCCCCUCCCCCGCCGCGCACCCCCAGGAUGCCCCCGAAGCCACCCUCCGGGCCCGCCAGCCAAGCUGUGGCCACUGAGUCCAGCUCGUCCGUGGACGUCGACCUGCAGCCUUUCCACGAGGCCAUUGCCCUGCACGGCCUCAAUGGCGCCAUGGCGAGCAUCAGCGUGCGAUCUGGCGCCCCCGGCUCCCCGCCUCAAGACAGCGGUGUGGCCAGCAGUGGGCGCCGAAAAAGUAGUUUCCUCGACGAGGACCUGAACCCCUUUGGCUCCGAAGAACUGGCCCUCCGCCUGGACAGUGGGGGGAUCCGCAAGCGCACUUCGGCCCAGUUUGGUGAUGGCAUCACAGACUCCCCAUCCCACAAGCGCAACCGAAUGGUCUAAACUGCCUCGAUGGUCGCCAUCCGCCAUAUUGCUUGAGAGCCAACUCGACCUUCAACUUGCUCGUGGGAGGAUCCUGGAGGCCAAACUUCUUCUCUAAGUUAAACAAAGAUUUCUAUUAAGUUUACCAUAAAGAAACUUUAAAAGUAUUCCAGAAGAGGCCUCGUGUGACUCUGACUUUCCAAAAAAUAUAAUUCUAUUAGAGAACAACAAAAAGUACUCAGUAGUUAGCAAGAUCAUUUAAAGCAAAAGUAUCCAGUCAGGGCGGGAGCCUGGUUUAUCUUGUUCACAGUUAUAUUCCUUAGCAUCUAGCCCAGUUGCUGGUGCUCAAUAAAUGUUUGUUGAAUGAAUAAAUGAGACCUUAAUUUAAAAUCUUAAUCGGAAAGGACAUAGCAGGUGUUUACUUGGUUAUAGGACAAUUUUAUCCUUUCUUGUUUUGGUUUUUGGCUUUAAUGGUCUUUGCCAAUUUAGUUACCUUAUGCCAAAAUGUAAGACUUGACAUCUUUGUGAAAUCUGGAGUCUUCCACGUUUACUGCACUGUACCAUGCACCUAAUUUCUAGAAAGAAACUGGAAGUAAUACAUUUUGGGCUGUGAUUUGUUUUGAAAAGUAGUUGAUGGUUUUGGUUCUUACGAUGGUGUAAAGAGGUGCCAUGGUGGUUGGGCAGGUAAUAUGUGAUAUUGGAUGGAUUCAGUGCUCUCUUUAGGAAAACAGAACCAACAAUUGAGAUCCUGAUAAAAUAAGUUUGUGUCUCUGGUGGCCUAGUGGUGCUCCUUUUUCACAGGAAUGUCAAAAGUUCCUUUCUUGGAGGUUAUGUCUCUUUGGUGAUCUUUGUUUUGAAGUGGAAGACCAGUUAGCCAGAAUGAACUUCUGGGUUUAAUGUAAGGGUACAGCAUGGUAUAACUAAAAGACUAUGAGCUUUGUAUUAAAAGGACCAGAAAUGGAAUUUUUGCUUCACAAAUUAUGAUUUGGGGCAAGUCACGUAAUUUCCAUUGACCUUAGUUUUUCAUCUGUUAAAUGGGACUGUGUGUCUGCUAACAUCAUUGUAUCAAAUGAAGUCCAUUCAAGUGUCUAACACAGUGCUUGGCACCUAGGGGUAUUCACUGAAUGUUCUCCCCUCUCUAUAAAUAAAAAUCAGUAAAGCAAUAAAGCCCAUAAUAUUUUAGCAAAAGCAGCAAAAUAGAUCAAUUUAGAAAUCAGCAAAUAGAAUCUCUGUGUUUGACCUAGAAAUUACUGUUACCUAGUUGAAAUUUGCCUAAAUAUCACAGACUUUGUAUUAAUUAUGAGUGUGUUGAACUUGUGACUGAGGAUCACCACUUUGGAUUUGAGGGCAGCCACAGGUCCUGAAACUGCCUGAGGAAUACACUUUGCAACCAGGAGUAAUGAAGACUUUACCUCUUCUGACCUGAAAGGAUAUGGGGAGGGAGAUAAGGGUGGAAGUUUUGGAAGUGAAGGUCCUAGGGCACCUAAAAGGCUAAAGUGGUUUUCAAUAAGGGUUGGAUCCAGUGCAGGUGAUAAAGGAAGUGGAGCAGGUAGGAGUGAGAUUAUGGGAGGAGUGGUGAGAAACUUAACCCAAAUCUUCAAGGUCUCCCCAAAAUCUGAUGCACAAAACAUUAUAGAUUGUUAGUAAAACUUUGCCUUUAUGUUUAAAUCAGAGUUGUUCCUGCUUCAUUAACAUGACCUUUGGAGUAAAUUUAUAACUGACCAAUGCAUUAAAAUAAUGUAACAACAUAAAGUGAAUUCCCUGAUAGAAUAAAAACUUGGUAUCACACUCCACAAAUACUGAAGGACUGUGUUAGGUCUUGAGAAGGGAUUUUAAAAAAACAAAAAAAGCAGCAUGAAAACAAUCCUUAUCCUCAAAAAGCACACCCUGCCUCAAAAGAUAAAUUAUGUAGCCAAGAAAGCACCCAAGGACUGUGCAGAAUUCAGAGGAUGGAGGUUUUCCUUGCUGAGAGGGUCAUAGCUUCUGGAUGAGGUGAUAUUUAAACUGGGCCCAGAAAAAUAGGUAGGAUGGGAGUUUGCAGGGAAGGCCAACAAGGGAAUGAUAUCCAACAUUGUUUGAGGAGGAAACAGUAAAGUAGGUAGGAGAGGUAGGACCAGAGCAUAGAGGGUCUCCAAUGCCUGGCCCAGUGCUUUAGAUUCUUUCUUGGGACAGAGAAUAAUAGCACCUGUCCUGCUUUAGGAUUGGUUUGUCAGAAUACCUGCUCAUCAGAAGGUGAGACACUGGAGCGGGAGCAGCAUGGCAUAUCAUAGGAUGCUCUUCACUGGGGAUGUUGUCAUUUGGCUAAUCCAGGUUGGGGAGAUGUAUACCUUUAAUAGGGCUUUCUCUAGGAAGCCUGUAGUUCCCACUUUCCUACAUCACAAACCUUCAGUGAGUUCUGCAGUGCUUGAAGGUUUGAACCUUUGUUUCCAGCUGCAGUAUCUCCCACAGGGUUUGCCUAUUUUCAGUCUUCCUGCUUGUGCCGGAGGGUUCUCAUGCAUUGGAGUCAUUGGAGCAUGCUGGGUUUGACUGAGGAACUACAGCAGUUUUAACAGGAGAAGGUCUUGGAAAUUAUGAUGCAUGGUAAAGUCUGAAAACCAGCCCUGACCCUGAUUGGGCCUGAAGGAAGGUUGUGAUUUCCUAACUUCUAGCUGAAUAUUUUA